AUGACUGACGAAACUGCCCCACCUGAGUCACCCCACAAACUACUCCCUUUUCUUGAACAGCAAUCGCAAGGCGCUUUGACAAGAUUGUAUGGCCGACCUUCGGCAUGUCUUUCAGUCUUUCGUCUCCUCGCCCCCAUGGAGCGACAGCUUGUGAUGAACUUACUUUGGCUUGAAUCCUCAAUACCAACCGCUACCAUGUCUUCCUGGAUAAAUAGAAAGGGGAUAAAACUAUAUGAUAGCGCGCUAUCGACACUAUCUCGACUACAUAUCAUUGGAAAUCCGUCACAGAAGCUGAACUUCAAUCCAACCUUUAAGGCUAGCUUGCGUCAAGCCAUUACAGGAGGAGGUACACACCGCAGCUUCGGUGUUCCCGCGGUGGACGGCGAAGAGAAACGUUCAAGCGUGACGCUUGAAAUGCUCGAUGCUUACGCAGUUGAGCGAUGGGAGACAAUUUUACACUACAUGGUCUCAUCUGGAACAGGACAGAUGCCGGCUAGGCCAUCUCAGGGCGUCCUCUUCCUUCUAGAGCGAAGCGGACUGAUGUCCGGGAACGGGGGAAACAUGAAGAUCACGUCAUUCGGCUUCCAGUUCCUUCUGCACUCGCCGCAUGCCCAGUUAUGGGAGCUUCUCUUGCAGUAUUUGCAUAUGGCGGAGGAGCGUCAAAUGGACCUCAUUGAAGUACUGGGCUUCCUCUUCAUGCUAUCCACAAUGGAGCUGGGCCGUGGGUAUUCUACCGAGAACCUGGGCGAAACACAAAAAGCCAUGUUAGAAGAUCUCAGGGACUAUGGUCUUAUCUGGCAGAAAAAGGCGUCUUCGCGUCGCUUCUAUCCGACUAGGCUUGCAACUACCCUUACGUCUUCAUUGCCUCCGCUUCCCACCUCUGGCAGCGGAGGUGCCAACGCACAGGCCCAAGGAUUCAUAAUCCUAGAAACAAAUUACAGAAUUUAUGCUUACACCGACAAUCCACUUCAGACAGCUGUCUUGAACCUCUUCGUCACAUUGAAAUACCGGUUCCCAAACCUCGUUGUCGGCUCGCUGACGCGUGAUAGUGUCAGAAAAGCUCUGGCCAAUGGAAUCACCGCUGAUCAGAUAAUCAAGUAUCUAACGACGCACGCACAUCCGCAAAUGCGAAAAAAUGACCCACUUAUUCCAGUUACUGUCCAGGACCAGAUUCGUUUAUGGGAGCUGGAGAGGAAUCGACUAAAGUCACAAGAAGGCUACCUGUACACUGCGUUCGCGUCUCAAGCGGAUUACGAGUUCGUCUUGAAGUAUGCCAAACAGUUGGGUGUCGUUCUUUGGGAAAACGCGGCCAAAAGAUGCUUCUUUGGCAGCCUCGAAGGCCACGCGAACAUUCGCGGGUUCAUAGAGCGUAGAACAGCCGGAGGCGGAGUCUGAUCGAUCAGUGUUAAUGUCUGUCAUUUGUUUCAACGGAUAUGUGAUCUGUAUUUCUCUACACGCAUUUCUAGCAUAACUGUUUAAAUAAUGUACAUAAUCAAUCGCAAUGAUCAAAAACUAGAAGCUG